AUGGCCGGCCCGGGUUGGAACCCUGAGGAAAUAAGGUGCGGAAACCGGGCCGGAGGGACUGGAGGGCGGAGAGGCCUGAGAGCCCACUUUCCGUUCCUGGGGGACUUUGGAGCGACUUCAUCGCCAGCCCUUAACCCUCUAACCCUCCUGGGACCCUGUGGUUCCCUGGGUUCUGCAGCAGCCCAGAUAGCAACAGCCAGUGAACUGGUUGCCCCCAAGUCAUACUCGUUCUUAGUGCUCGAAUGACCUAACCUGAAACUGAAGAAGCCGCCCUGGGUCCACAUGCUGUCAGCCAUGAUGGUGUACACCAUGGUGGUGGUGUCUUACUUCCUCAUUACCAGAGGAAUAAUAAGUGUUGGCUUAGUGACCUGUAAACAUGAGCAUCAGAGACCAGUAGCUUUCUUGGCAUACAGAGUAAAUGGACAGUAUAUUAUGGACGGAUUGGCGUCUAGCUUUCUGUUUACAAUAGGAGGUUUAGGUUUCAUAAUCCUGGACCAAUCCAACGCACCAAAUAUUCCCAAAGUCAAUAGGUUUCUUCUUCUUCUCAUUGGCUUUGUCUGUGUCCUACUGAGUUUCCUAAUGGCUAGAGUCUUCGUGAGAAGGAACUUGCCGGGCUACCUGAUGGGCUAG